AUGGUCAUCGCUGACUGGGGCAAUCAUCGUAUCAUUCAAUGGAAGAAAGGUGUUACGAAUGGACAAGUUGUAGCUGGUGGGAAUGGCCAAGGAAAUCGAUUGGAUCAAUUGAAUAGGCCAAACGACGUGUUGAUUGACAAAGAGACUGAUAGUCUCAUUAUUUGUGAUCCAGAGAAUGAACGAGUCGUACGAUGGGCUCGUCGUAGUGGCACAACUGAAGGAGAAAUCCUCAUCGACAACAUCGAUUGUUGGGGAUUAGCCAUGGAUGAUCAGAGAUAUCUCUACAUUUGUGACGCCGAUCGAGUAACACAAUAUCAAAUAGGGGAUAAUAAUGGAACUGUUGUGGCUGGCGGCAAUGACAGAGGUACUGGUCUCAAUCAACUCAAUGCGCCAACCCACAUCUUUGUCGAUCGACAACAGACUGUUUACGUGUCAGACUACUGGAAUCAUCGUGUAAUGAAAUGGAAUAAAGGUGCAAAAGAAGGAAUUGUCAUCGCUGGGGGUCAAGGCUGUGGGAAUGCUCCGACACAACUGUGUCAUCCUAAUGGACUGUUUAUCGAUACUCUGGGUACUCUCUAUGUGGUAGAUUCUGCUAACAAUCGAGUGAUGCGUUGGCCUAAAGGCGCGCAACAGGGCAUUGUUAUUGUGGGCGGAAAUGAUCAAGGAUCAGGAGCAAACCAGUUCUUUAAUCCUAAUGGUUUAUCCUUCGAUCGGUAUGGCAAUCUCUAUGUUGUCGACAGAACAAAUAAUCGUGUUCAACAUUUUUCUAUCGAAUGA